UAUCGCCAGCCGCCUGGUACAUUAUGAGCGGCUCCUUCCUGGUUGUUCGCGAGAUUGCCUCUUUGGACUUCCAGCGUCGGAGGCUUGCGAGCUAAGCGAGGCAAAGCCGGGAAGGGGAAUCCCUUUGCUGCCAGCGCCUCCCGGGGCUACUCCAUUCGUCCUCAAAACGUGUGUAGAUGUUGCUAUGAAGAAAGAAGCCAGAGAUGACUGAGGUGGAGCCCGUGGUCACGGAUUUUGCAGCAUCAGGAAGGGCAGGCCGCCGAAAUGCCUUACCGGAUAUUCUGGGUUCUUCUGCUGGGGCUGGAACAUCGGACCUGCCACACAAAUUAGCAGAGCUUUCUGUGUCAAAAGAUGAAGGAGCUGAAGGUGGAGGAACACCAUCAUCUGACACCACAAUGGGAAAUCAAGGAACAGAAGGAAAGGGUGUAGAUUCCUAAUGUUAAUGAAAUGUUUACUUUUUGGUGAUGACGAAUAGAUAUGAUUCCCUGUGUGUACAGGACUCUGACUUAUUCAAUGCUUUUAGCUGGGUGACAUGAAUAAGGGGCUAUUGAAUGUUUUCAGUGGUAUUACCUAAUCAGUCAGAUAAUAAGUUUUAUAUCAACCUCAGACCAUAGCUACAGAAUGCAUGUAAAGCUGCAGACUUGUUUUCAGCCUUGUAACAAAAUUAGCUCGACCGUGUCCAUUUGGAUAACAUAAAUAAUCCAGUGCAACAAAUGCACUGCAGUUUAAUUAAUCGCUUGAGGCUUCACAGAUAAUAAAUAUAAAUCCUCUGAUCCUGAGGUGGACAUACACUAUAGCAGCAAAAUGUGCAUAGGUUUUUUCUUGGGGCAUAGCAGCUUGGUGAGAGGUGCCCUGAAAGAAUGGGUGUGUCUAAAAGGACAAAAGUUGCACAAUGGUAGAGCACUGAUGGAGUUGGAGAUAGCCUCUCACCACAACACAUUCUUUGUGUUGAGAGCUUGGCCUGGCCUACCAUUAAGCAGAGUAAAAGUUGUUGCUCUGGCAGAUGACAUCUGUGAAGUGAUCAACAGACCCCUGCAGCUGUUCCCUUCUUUUGGAGGACAGGAGCUGCAUGUUCCCCACAGCCUAUCUGCAGCGGCUGAACUAGCUUGCUUCUCUCAGGUGAGGUGGAGGAUGCUGUUCCCAUCACCUUUGUGGCAGUUAGAUUGACUGGCUAGUCCUGUCAGCUUCUCAGGUAGCAAAGUGUCUUGGACAGGCCUUGGUUAAGAGGUUCAUGAUAACCCCCCACACCAGCAGGAACCCUCAAUUCUAAAAAUGUAUCUGACUUCUAGAAGCUCCCCAAGGCCUUGGGCACAGAUCCUCAAUGUAUAUAUCCUACCGCAUCUUCACAAAAUGUUUCAGGCAUGGAGGUACAACAAGGACAUCACUGGCACAAUGUGGUAGGCAUGAAUGAUUCCCAUACAGUCACAUGCCACAGAAAAAGCAAAAUGGCAGAUGCACACUUUUACAUCAAGGAAGUAGUGAAGGCUGAAUUCUGGGUAUGUGGCCCUCCUUGAAAUGGAGAAAAGAUCCCCUAGAUCCCCCAUGACAGCUUCACAUGCAUUGUGUUAUUGCAACAGCCCUACUUUUUGGAUUUGAGAAUAACAUUUUUUUUGUUCAUGGCUAUAUAAGACCCAAUAUAUUUCUAACACAGCACAGUGUUUGAUCUUGAAAGCAAAUGGAAUGGAAGGUCAUCUGUCUAUAACCUCAUGAGGCCCUUUUGAAGUUGGAAAGUACAGAGAAAAAAUGAAAAAUGUUAUUUCCUCACGCCUUCAAAAUGUCAAGAUGCGCUGAGAUCACCUAAGACUUUAAAAUCCCUUUGAGUGCAUUGUGUGUCCCCACUUUCUUAAAUCUGCCUUCCGUGGUCUCAACAUUUUCAUGCGUUCUUAACUUUUGGAGGUAAACUUGUGGUAUUUGUAACUGAUUUAAAAUUUUAAGUUCAGCAUGAAAAAUUGAAUUGGCUAUCAUUUUUUGGUCUUAUAGUAGCUUUUUGCAACCAGGUACCCUCCAGAUACAUUGGAUUACAAAUCCCAUAAUUCUCAACUGGCAUACUGUCUAGGAAUAUGGGGGUUGUAGUAGCUGUACCCUCAACAUACCUGAACAGGUUGGAAUCAGCUGGCUAUUGUGUCUUUCACCAAUUUUUAACAAAUACAGGAAACAAGUUUUUCAUUUGAGGUGGGUUUAAGUUUAUCAGCUCAUAACUGAAUCUGAUAAAAUCAUGAUUGUUAAAGCAUUUUCCCUAUAUAUUUUGCCAGUACCAAAGGAUUGAUUCAUGUUUUAUAAUACAAACUGUAUUAUUUAAAAUAAACUAUAUAUAUUAUUUG